AUGGACCCAAUAUUUAUAGCAAUCUUUGGGGCUUUGAUAGCUUCAUUAUAUUUAUCUCAAAAACAAAUUUUGAAUUAUUCAAAAUCAUUCACAUCUUAUUAUAAGAAUUAUUUCUCAUAUUCCAAUCCUCCUACUCCUAACCAAUCAAGAAAAAGUUCAUAUUCAAAAGAUGGUGAUGCCCAAAUUCCUCCAGAGCCAACUCCUUUAAUGAUAACACCAGACCAAGUUCAAAAUUAUGAUGAUAGACCAUGGAGACCUUUUAGAUGGCCUUAUCACCAAACUAUGGCUAUCUAUAAAUUAGACAUUAACCAUUGGUUAGAUAUGGACAAAUAUUAUUGGCAUUAUAUCGAAGAAAAACAAAGAAUUUGGCAAAAGUAUGGUAAAGAAAAUAUUGACUGGUUACCUGAAGGAUAUGAACCUAGUCUUGAAUUGAUGGAAAUGGUUACCAAUCAUUUGCUUAAAAGAUAUCCUUUAUUAUUCACUUUAUUAGAAGAUAAAGGAUCCAGAGGUAAGGUAGUGAAGAAUGAAUUAACCAGAGAAGUUAUUGAUAUGACUAUGCCUUUAAAAGAACAUCCACUUAUGUAUGUUACAAAAAUGGCUAAAGAAGAUUUCUACGUUGUGAUGAAAAAUCCUAAAGAUGGAUUACAUUAUUUAGUAGCUGCUGCAGUUCCAUUCCCUGGAGGAUCAUUCGGAAUCAGUGCUAAAAUCGGUAAACAUUUAGAUAUCAUUCAUGAAGAAGUUCCUUAUUAUCAUGAAAAAUUAAAGAAAUCUAUGGAAAGAUGGUUUGAAAGAUUAACUCCUAGCGCACCCGUUGAAAGAGCUAGUUGGUAUAUGACUUGGGAUCAUAAAUUGAGACAAAAUGGCGUUUAUCAACGUGAUUCUGAUAAAGUCAAAGAAGAAGCUAAAUCCUAUAGUCCUGAAGAUUAUAAUGUUAGAGUUGAAAGACAAACAUUAAGAAAAUUACCAAAGAGUCAAGCCAUUAUUUUCACUAACCACCCUGUUUUCUAUUCCAUUGAAGAAAUGAAAGAUGAACCAAUGAUUCCUUCAUUAUUAAGAAAAAUUAUCUAUGAAGCACCUGAAGGGAUUAUUAAAUACAAAAGUUUUGAAUUAUAUAGAGAUCAUAUUUCUGGUUACUUAGAUGGGUUAAUUCAAAGACAGAAAGACUUAGGAAUCAUCGAUGAUGAUACUCCUUUGAAAACUCCAGCAACUUAUCCAUUUGCUCAUUGGGUUAAAGCAGAUUUUGAUUACAUUAAUGGUGGAUUCAAUAAUCCAAGUCCUUCUUAUAAUAAAGAGAAAUCCAAUUAUACUGAGCAAGCUAAAAAGGAAUUGAUAGAUGAUUAG